AUGAUCAAUCACCUUGCCACUUGUCUCAAUGCACCCGAUGAAGUCAGUAAAGAAGCACACCGAAUCAAGAAAUCCAGAGGUACCCCUACCCGAAAGCGUACCGUCACUGUCACCCAAUCCUCGUCAAGGCAUCUUGCUAUCCCUCCACCCAUAUUUCCAGCAUCGGACUUGGCCUCGACAUCCAUGUUACCACCACCGUCCCCCUCCCUUCCAUUUUCUCAUCCGUCGAAUCCAUCAACUCCGAUUCCAUCCAUACCUUCUUCACCAAGCUCAACCCAUGCUAGUCUCGCACCAAGUGAUUCGAUAUCUGUGGCAGGCUCUGCAAGGUCACGGAACAGCCAUCACCGUCAACUGUCACGGUCAGCCAGUGCUCCCACAUUUACAUCGGGUGGCGACAUCACGCUGAUUCAGCCAUGGGACGACAAUCGUAAAGAACGUUAUAAAUAUCUUCUUGGUGCCAUCACUUCCACAGCCGGUGUACCUCUACGAUGGAUCGACAAUUAUUUCGUCAAAGUAUUCUUUAGGGAAUUUAUCCCGAUGGCCCCGCAUGUUAGUCGCCAUAGCCUUGGUCAUAGUAUUUUACUGAAGGUCAAGGAACAACUUCGAGCAAAGGUACAUCAGUGA